ACAAACACAAUGGAGAACCAAAUGGUGUAAAUUGUCAAUUUAUCCAUGCUACACUUGAAAAUAAAUGAGUUGACUUUAAUCAACACACCAUGUUUUAAGUUGGGUUGACUAGAUUAGCACACACAUGGGAAGACUAAGCCAUGUCAUUUGAAUUUUAAAUUUGAUAAAAUGAAAAUGAUGAGGACAAAUAAACAAACACAAUGGAAAACCAUAAUAAGAUGCUAAUGCUAAUGGUGUCUACUUUCUCCUUUUGCUUAAUGCCCACUUUCUCUAAACAGAACACUUUUACUACUAUUGCCCCAAAUCAGUUUAUGCAAUUCGGUGAUACACUUGUUUCUGGAACUGGAAGGUUUGAAGCAGGAUUUUUCUACUUUGGAGAUCCACAACGCCAAUACUUCGGUAUAUGGUACAAGAACAUAUCACCAAGGACUAUUGUGUGGGUUGCCAAUAGAAAUACUCCUGUACGUAACUCAACAGCAAUGCUGAAACUCAACGACCAAGGAAAUCUUGUUAUUCUUGAUGGCUCCAAAGGUGUCAUCUGGAACUCCAAUUCAUCAGGAAUUGUGGCGGUGAAAUCAGUUAUUGUGCAGUUGUUGGAUUCAGGAAACCUUGUUGGGAAAGAUGCAAACAGCUCUCAGAACUUUUUGUGGGAAAGUUUUGAUUAUCCUGGUAACACUUUCCUUGCUGGAAUGAAGCUGAAAAGUAACUUAGUUACUGGUCCAUAUAGAUAUCUCACUUCUUGGAGAUCCUCUGAAGAUCCUGCUGACGGCGAGUUUUCAGUGAGGAUAGAUACUCACGGUUUUCCUCAACACCAAAUUGCAAAGGGAACGACAACUAUAUUUAGAGGAGGGUCGUGGAAUGGAUAUCUUUUCACUGGAGCUACUUGGCAAAGAAAUUAUAAUAUAUUGAAUUACUCAUUUGUGUUAACUGACAAAGAAGUCACUUUUCAAUAUGAAACUUUAAACAGUUUAAUUAUUACUAGAGUUGUGCUAAAUCCAUAUGGAACUUCACAACGUCUUCAAUGGUCGGAUCAGACACAAAAUUGGGAGAUUAUUACUAAUGCUCCUGCAGACCAGUGUGAUGAUUAUGCCUUGUGCGGUAUCAACUCUAACUGCAAUAUUAAUAACUUUCCAAUAUGUGAAUGCUUGGAAGGUUUCAUGCCAAAAUUUCAACCAAAAUGGAAGUCAUUGAAUUGGUCUGGUGGGUGCCUCAGGAGAACAAAAUUGAAUUGUCACACUGGGGAUGGCUUUCUGAAGUACACAAGCAUGAAGUUGCCAGACACGUCAACAUCUUGGUAUGACAAGAGCUUGAGCCUUGAGGAAUGUAAGACACUGUGCUUGAAAAACUGUACUUGCACUGCAUAUGCAAAUUUAGAUAUCAGAGAUGGUGGGAGUGGCUGCUUACUUUGGUUUAACAACAUUGUGGACAUGAGAAAACAUCCUGACAUAGGACAAGACAUUUACAUACGACUCGCAUCUUCAGAACUCGAUCAUAAAAAGAAUAAGCGAAACUUGAAGCGUGCUUGGACUGUUGCAGGAGUCAUUGCGUUCAUAAUAGGACUAACCGUUCUUGUAUUGGUUACAUCAGCAUAUAGAGAGAAAAUUGGUAAGCCAGGUUAUAUAAAAAAGUUAUUUCAUCGGAAGCAUAAAAAAGAGAAGGCAGAUGGUGACUUGGCUACAAUAUUUGAUUUUUCCACCAUCACUAAUGCAACAAAUCACUUCUCUAAUAAAAAUAAGUUAGGAGAAGGUGGUUUUGGACCAGUGUACAAGGGCUUAAUGGUAGAUGGCCAAGAGAUUGCUGUUAAGAGGCUUUGUAAUACAUCGGGACAAGGAGUUGAGGAGUUCAAAAAUGAAGUAAAGUUGAUGGCAACACUUCAACACCGUAAUCUUGUAAAACUUCUUGGUUGUUCUAUUCAACAAGAUGAAAAGUUGUUGAUCUAUGAAUUCAUGCCCAACAGAAGCUUGGAUUACUUUAUUUUUGAUACUACGCGAAGUAAAUUACUAGAUUGGACAAAGCGCUUGGAAAUUAUUGAUGGGAUUGCUCGAGGGCUGCUGUAUCUCCAUCAGGAUUCUACAUUAAGAAUCAUACAUAGAGAUCUCAAGACCAGCAAUAUACUUCUUGAUAUUGAUAUGAUCCCUAAGAUAUCCGAUUUUGGAUUAGCCAGAUCAUUUACGGGAGACCAAGCUGAGGCUAAGACAAAUAGAGUCAUGGGAACAUAUGGAUAUAUGCCUCCAGAAUAUGCCGUGCAUGGAUCUUUCUCAAUAAAGUCUGAUGUUUUUAGUUUCGGAGUCGUCGUACUUGAGAUAAUUAGCGGUAGGAAGAAUCGUGGAUUUUCUGACCCUCUGCACAAUCUAAACCUUCUUGGUCAUGCAUGGAGACUAUGGAUCGAAGAAAGGCCACUAGAGUUCAUAGCUAACAUAUUAUACGAUGAUGAGGCCAUAUGUUCAAAAAUAAUAAGAUUUCUUCACGUUGGUCUACUGUGUGUACAACAGAAACCAGAAAAUAGGCCUAACAUGUCAUCUGCGGUUUUUAUGCUAAAGGGUGAAAAUUUACUCCCCAAACCAAGUAAACCCGGGUUCUACGCAGGAAAAGAUGAUACAAAUAGCAUAGGAUCUUUAUCUAUAAAUGAAGCUUCAAUCACAGUGGUAGAGGCGCGACAAAACAAACAAACCAACACAAACACAAUGGAGAACCAUACUAAGGUGCCAAUGCUAAUUGUUUGCACUUUUUUAUUUUGCUCCAUGCCCACUUUAUCUAAACAGAACACUUUUACUACUAUUGCUCCAAAUCAGUUUAUGCAAUUCGGUGAUACUCUUGUUUCUGCAGCUGAGAGGUAUGAAGCAGGAUUUUUCAACUUUGGCGAUUCACAACGCCAAUACUUCGGUAUAUGGUACAAGAAUAUAUCACCAAGCACUAUUGUGUGGGUUGCCAAUAGAAAUACUCCUGUACAAAACUCAACUGCAAUGAUGAAACUUACUGAUCAAGGAAGUCUUGUUAUUAUUGAUGGCUCCAAAGGCAUUAUCUGGAAUUCCAAUUCAUCAAGAAUUGGAGUGAAACCGGUUGUUCAGCUUUUGGAUUCAGGAAAUCUUGUUUUGAAUGAUACAAUCAGAGCACAGAAUUUUUUGUGGGAAAGUUUUGAUUAUCCUGGUAACAAUUUCCUUGCGGGAAUGAAGCUGAAAAGUAAUUUAGUUACUGGUCCAUAUAGAUAUCUCACAUCUUGGAGAAGCCCUCAAGAUCCUGCUGAAGGUGAGUGUUCAUAUAGGAUAGAUAUGCAUGGUUUUCCUCAACUGGUUACUGAAAAGGGAGAAAGAUUUUUGUAUAGAGGAGGGUCAUGGAAUGGAUUUCUUUUCACUGGUGUUUCUUGGCAAAGAAUGCACAGAGUCUUGAAUUUCUCAGUAAUGUUCACUGACAAAGAAUUCUCUUAUCAAUAUGAAACUAUGAACCGUUCAAUUAUUACUAGAAUGGAGCUAGAUCCAUCCGGAAAUUCACAACGUCUUCUAUGGUCAGAUACGACACAAAUUUGGGAGGCUAUAUCUUCUCGUCCUGCAGACCAAUGUGAUAAUUAUGCCUUGUGCGGUAUCAACUCUAACUGCAAUAGUAAUAACUUUCCAACAUGUGAAUGCUUGGAAGGUUUCAUGCCAAAAUUUCAACCAGAGUGGGAGUCAUCAAAUUGGUCUGGUGGGUGUGUAAGGAAAACAAGUUUAAAUUGUGUCUAUGGAGAUGGGUUUUUACCAUACGCAAACAUGAAGUUACCAGACACGUCAGCAUCGUGGUUUGACAAGAGCUUGAGCCUUGAGGAAUGUAUGACAGUGUGUUUGAAAAACUGUUCUUGCACUGCAUAUGCAAAUUUAGAUAUCAGAUAUGUUGGAAGUGGCUGCUUACUUUGGUUUGACAACAUUGUUGAUAUGAGAAAACAUCCAGACCAAGGACAAGACAUUUUCAUACGGCUGGCAUCUUCAGAACUUGAUCAUAAAAAGAAUAAGAGGAACUUGAAGCAUGCUGGGACUGUUGCAGGAGUUAUUACAUUUAUUAUAGGACUAAUCGUUCUUGUAUUGGUCACAUCAGCAUAUAAAAAGAAGCUUGGUAAGCCAGGAUGUUUAAAAAAGUUGCUUCACAAAAAGGACGAGGAAGAUAGUGACGACUUGGCAACAAUAUUUGAUUUUUCGACCAUCACUAAUGCGACAAAUAACUUCUAUGUCAGAAACAAGCUGGGAGAAGGUGGUUUUGGACCGGUAUACAAGGGCGUAAUGUUAGAUGGCCGAGAGAUUGCUGUUAAGAGGCUCUCUAAAACCUCAGGACAAGGAACCGAGGAGUUCAAAAAUGAAGUGAAGUUGAUGGCAACACUUCAGCACAGAAAUCUUGUAAAACUUCUUGGUUGUUCUAUUCACCAAGAUGAAAAGUUGUUGAUCUACCAAUUCAUGCCGAACUUUAUUUUUGGUUUGAACUUUCACACCAACCAAAUUAUUGUUCUCAGUUUUACUCUUGCCAUAAUGUAUACUACGCGAAGUAAAUUACUCGAUUGGAGAAAGCGCUUGGAAAUUAUUGAUGGGAUUGCUCGUGGGCUGUUGUAUCUGCAUCAAGAUUCUACACUAAGAAUAAUACAUAGAGAUCUCAAGACAAGCAAUAUUCUUCUUGAUAUUGAUAUGAUCCCAAAGAUAUCAGAUUUUGGUUUAGCCAGAUCAUUUAUGGGAGACCAAGCUGAGGCGAAUACAAAUAGAGUGAUGGGAACAUAUGGAUAUAUGCCUCCAGAAUAUGCAGUGCAUGGAUCUUUCUCAAUAAAAUCUGAUGUUUUUAGCUUCGGAGUCGUUGUACUUGAGAUAAUCAGCGGUAAGAAGAAUAGCGGAUUUUGUGACCCUCAACAUCGUCUAAACCUUCUUGGGCAUGCAUGGAGACUAUGGAUUGAAGAAAGACCACUAGAGUUAAUAGCAGACAUAUUAGACGAUGAUGAGCCCAUAUGUUCAGAAAUAAUAAGAUUUAUUCAUGUUGGUCUAUUGUGUGUACAACAGCUACCAGAAGAUAGGCCUAAUAUGUCAUCUGUGGUCUUUAUGUUAAAGGGUGAAAGGUUACUCCCCAAACCAAAUGAACCCGGGUUCUACGCAGCAAGGGAUAAUACAAGAUCUUUAUCUAAAGAGUGUUCAGUAAAUGAAGCUUCAAUCUCAUUGUUAGAGGCCCGAUAGAAUGCCACUGUGACACACACAUGGAUGAAAUUUAG